UGUCUCGAGGACGUGUAUAAACGGUCGCAACUGAUUCGUACGUCGUUUAUCGUGAGAAAGUAAAAGCGACAGCGGGAGACCGGCUGAGGAGCUUUUAAAGCUGAAACGGAAACGAAGCGGAGGCACGGACACGGAAUAACAUGCAGAACAAAGAUCUGAAGGACGUCGACAGGGGUCUUCUCUCCAGUGUGAAUGUUUCAGUCAUGCAUAAGGGGCAGGACGGAGUCCCCACCACGUGUGAGCAAGGUGGCGCCAAGUGGCGCAAGCCCUGCCUCUCCUGCAAGAGUCUGAUGAAGUGCUGCUUGGUCAAAUGGCUCAUUACCAGCACAGGACCACAGGGCAUAGUAGAGACCAGUGACUGGGAGAUGGAGCUGGCCACAGUGAGACACCACCCUGAGGGCCUGGAAGUGCUGCAGGCACAGACCAAAUUCACCAGGAAGGAAUUGCAGUCACUCUACAGGGGCUUCAAAAAUGAGUGUCCCAGUGGGUUAGUUAAUGAGGAGACCUUUAAGACGAUUUACUCCUGCUUCUUCCCUCAAGGAGAUGCGACCACAUAUGCACACUUUGUGUUCAACGCAUUUGAUGUGGACCAGAAUGGUUCUAUACGUUUUGAGGACUUUGUCAUAGGUCUCUCUGUACUGUUGCGUGGUUCAAUAACUGACAAGCUUAGUUGGGCCUUUAAUCUCUAUGACACCAACAAGGAUGGAUACAUUACCAAAGAGGAAAUGUUGGCCAUCAUUAAAUCCAUCUAUGAUAUGAUGGGCCGUCACACAUUUCCCAGUGUCCAUGAAGACACACCAUUGGAACACGUGGAAAGGUUUUUCCAGAAAAUGGACAGGAACAGAGAUGGUGUGGUCACCAUCGAUGAGUUCAUGGAGACCUGUCAGAAGGAUGAAAACAUUAUGACCUCCAUGAAGCUGUUUGAGAAUGUCAUCUAAACAGCCAUAUGAAAUGCGUGGCACCCCUGUCCCACUGAGAGCUGCUCUCUGACCAUGCCCCGGUCGCCCCUGUUACACACACACACACGCACACCCCGUUACACACACACCUCGCUACACACCUACACA